AAAUAACCUCUUUCAGUCCUGCCUCCCUUCUUGAGGCAGCACAACACGUCACGCUCCUAAGCCCCGCCCACUUGCUUCCCUCCCUGUUGGAGCGCCAUCACUUCAACACACUUCAGCCGCCGCUUGCUCGCUGUUCGACUUCUCGGACCCCCUCCCCGCCCCCCGGAGUCGUGAUGACGGGAUUUCGGCUCAACGUGUCCCCUCUGAAGGAGCCCCUGGGCUUCGUCAAGCUGGUGGAGUGGCUGACGGCCAUAUUUGCUUUCGGAAGCUGCGGCGGCUUCGCGGGCAGGAACGUCGUGUCCAUCUUCUGCGGCGACGGCGGCAACGAAACGCUCAACGCCAACUUCCACUACCCCUUCAGGCUGAGCCAGGUGCCGCUGGUGGAGGGAAACGCCAGCAUAUGUGACCACUCUGUCAGCACCACACACCUGAUGGGAGACUCCUCCUCUUCGGCGGAGUUCUUUGUGGGCGUGGCCGUCGUCUGCUUCCUGUACUGCAUGGCGGCCCUCUUGGUGUAUUUGGGCUACAUGCACGUGUACAAGAACUCCGACUUCGGACCCAUUCUGGACUUUGUGAUCACGGCGGUCGUGGUGUUCCUGUGGCUGGCGUGUGCGUCCGCCUGGGCCAAGGGGCUUCAGCACGUCAAGGACGCCACGGACACGGAGGGCAUAGCCGCCUCCGUGGCGCUCUGCAAGGGGAGCAACAUCACCUGCCAGGUCACCGAGUACGCCAACCUCCGGACGCUCAACAUCUCAGUGGUGUUCGGCUACCUCAACAUGUUCGUGUGGGCCGGUAACGCUUGGUUCGUGUACAAGGAGACGCGCUGGCACUCGCAGAAGGUCUCCACCCAACCAGGACCGGGGAGGCAGCAGGUUCCGGCAGCCAUCUAAAUCACGCACAAACAAACCUCACUUUGUGGGUGAUUUUUUAAUUUUUAUUUUUUUUAACCUAUUCUUCAAACAUUCAACAUUUUCCCCGUUCUAUUAGAAUAUCCAAUUUUCACUUUAAGAUAUUUUUUUAUGUGGAGCUUCACAAUAGCUUGUUUAGGGUACAAAUAAAUAACUUUAAGGUACGUUUCCUUUGUCAAAAAAGGGUUAAAUUUGAUUAUAAAUGUACUUUUAUGCACACAUUAAUUAUUGAUAAUUAUAGUACAACUGGCGCGAGGGGCCGUAUCUGGCCCGAGGAAAUGUGCAUCAAUGAAGUACCUUAUCUUUUCGUACUGAAUGUAUUUGGUUUUUCCAUUUUGACAAAAAAAAAAUAUAUGCACUGCAUGAAAUUGCAUACCUUUUGAAAUGUUUGUUUUUUAGUUUUUUUUAUUAUUAUUAUUAAUCAAUCCAACAAAAUAAUGCACAAUAAUACCAUACUAAUACAAUUCCAAUUCCAAAAUCAAUUCCCAGCAACAUUCAGAAUAGCAAUCAACAGAGCGAUUAAAAGGAAACACAAACAUGACACAAAACAAUCCAAAAGUAGUAGGGGUGUAACGGUACGUACGGUUCGAUACGUACCUCGGUUUAGAGGCCACGGUUCGGUUCAUUUUCGGUACAGUAAGAAAACAACAAAAUAUAAAUGUUUUGGUUAUUUAUAGAGAUGUCCGAUAAUAUCGGCCGGCCAAUAUAUGCGUUAAAAUGUAAUAUCGGAAAUUAUCGGUAUCGUUUUUUUUAUUAUCGGUAUCGGAUUUUUAUUUUUUUAUUAAAUCAACAUAAAAAACACAAGAUACACUUACAAUUAGUGCACCAACCCAAAAAACCUCCCUCCCCCAUUUACACUCAUUCACACAAAAGGGUUGUUUCUUUCUGUUAUUAAUAUUCUGCUUCCUACAUUAUAUAUCAAUAUAUAUCAAUACAGUCUGCAAGGGAUACAGUCCGUAAGCAAGGGAUACAGUCCGUAAGCACACAUGAUUGUGCGUGCUGCUGGUCCACUAAUAGUACUAACCUUUAACAGUUAAUUUGACUAAUUUUCAUUAAUUACUAGUUUCUAUGUAACUAUUUUGAUAUUGUUUUACUUUCUUUUUUAUUCAAGAAAAUGUUUUUAAUUUAUUUAUCUUAUUGUACUAUUUUUUAAAAAAAGUACCUUAUCUUCACCAUACCUGGUUGUCCAAAUUAGGCAUAACAAUGUGUUAAUUCCACGACUGCAUAUAUCGGUUGAUAUCGGUAUCGGUAAUUAAAGAGUUGGACAAUAUCGGAUAUCGGCAAAAAGCCAUUAUCGGACAUCCCUAGUUAUUUAUUUACCAAAUUUGUAAACAAUGGCAUAACAUACAUAUACACACAGGGUCCAUUGCCAGGGUUAAUGUGGUCAACAUAUAUAAAAUAAAAACUAAAUAAGAUAAGGCUCAAAAUGGUUUCUUUCAACAAAACUUUUCUACAUAUAAAGUGUUUUUUUGAUUGAUUGAUUGAUUGAUUGAGACUUGUAUUAGUAGAUUGCACAGUACAGUAAAAGGCCUCAAGUUGUUGCUCAGAUUUUAAAAAAUGACAAAACUUUUCUUCUACGUAUAAAAAGUGCAACAUUAAACAGUUUCAAGUCAACUCAGCCUCAGAUCAACUUUCCCGCAACCCCCGUACCGAAACGGUUCGAUACAAAUACACGUACCGUUACACCCCUAAAAAGUAGUCAAACAAAAAUGAAUAAUUUCAACAACAGUAUCAAUAUUUAGAAUUCCAACAAAGCAGGGAUUAGAAAUCCCCCAUUUUCAAAUGUUAAUAUUACGCAAUAUUGCACCAUAAUUUCCACACAUUUUUAUGUGUUAAAAUAAAAAUAAAUACUUUAAUAUCUGCUUGACUUAUGGUUUCAAAACAUGUUUUCCAUCAAAUUGUACACUGUAGAAAGGAGAAUAAAAUGACGAUGUUUUUACAGCAUAUUCAAUUGAAAAAAACUCUACCACUCUUUUUACUAUAAAAUGUUGCCAACUACGCUGCCUUUUUUUUUUUUUUUUCACUGUAAAAUCUACGGUUGUUGUUACUGUAAAUGGAAAAAAUGGUACCACGGUUAUUUUACGGUGACAAACUGGCAGCUCAGUUUUUGAACAAACUACCUUAAAUUUUACAGUAAGAUUCUGGCAACUAAGCUGCCAGUAUUUUACCGUAAAAUAACCGUUUUAAAGUGGUAAAUAAACAAUACUGUUGUCCAUCUACCGUGAUAUAAUGUUUAAAAAAAUCUGUAGAUUUUGCAUUAAAACAAUGGUGACCAGAAUA